AAUACAGCCCAGAGAGCUGCUGGUCUGGUUGAGUCUAUUCUUUCCUCUGUACAAGGACAAGAUCACAUCUUGCACACAUCUGAACAGCUCGAGCUUUAGAGCAAUGAACAAUUUGUUUGGAUGGACAAGGCUCAUGCUGCUAUGUUUCGUAAUUGAUGUUCUCUGUGCUUCCCAGCAAACAGUCAACUCUGAGACUCAGGAGGUGAAAGGCAUCGUGGGAAAGUCUUUAUCUUUUCCAGAGAGAGUGUUUAAAACUGGAUAUGUAAGGUAUGGAGAAGACACUACUGCAAGUGUGAUCAAUGGACAAAGCCAUAUAGAUUCAGAUGAGAGAUUUAAAAAUCGCCUUCACUGGGACAAUGUGACAGGAUUAUUCAGUCUGUCAGACCUACAGAUAGAAGAUGCUGGGGUUUAUUCUGUGGAGAAUAAAGACGGAGAGAAGAGGAUACCUAAAUUUAACCUCAAUCUUUACUAUUUUGUUUCCAAACCUCAGGUGAGAGAGUGUGACAGCAGCUCCUGUAGUGUGGUGUGUUCUGUGGACAAUGAAAAAGAGGUGACCUUGACCUUGUACAGGGGAGAGGAAAUACUAAAUCAGACCAGCAGUCCUGACCUCACCACCGAUCUAUCUCUCCGUUUGGAGGUAGAGGGAAAGAACAACAACUCCACCCACAGCUGUGUGGCUUCCAACCCUGUCAGCAAUGAGACCGUUCUUGUCCCAAAAUGUUGCAGUGAAGAUGGUCAUCCCAAGGAGACAGACAUGAAUGAGAGGACACAGGGUAUGCUUAUUAUUGCUGUAACCUGCGUUCUGGUUGCCUCAGGACUGGUUGGACUUGCAAUCAAUCGAAAGAAGAGUAGAAAUGAACACUCACAAGAUUCAUCCGAAGGAGUGCAAGUUGACAAUGAGUAUGCAACGAUUACUUACAUAAAACAAACAGAUAACCAGGAGGAGCGAAGAGGUAUACCAGAACUGGAGUCGCGUAGAGACAACUCUGAAAUGGCAUCCGUUUAUGAUUCACUCCAGUUACAUCGCAUGGCUGCCAGCGGGGAUGUUGACACAGCAUGACGGAACAAAACUGGAAGUCACUGAGAAGCCAACAUGAUAACUCAUGAAGAGGACAUUUAAACAAAAUGAAAGUAAAAAAAUAUAUAUUCACCCAGAAAACCUUUUCGAGGCACAGUUGUUAUGGGAGAAAAUGUCCCUGCAACUGUUGCGCUGAUAUAAGUUCAGGGUUUCUUUGUAGGUCAUUUUCACAGACCUGUCAAAUAGGGACCUCGAUGGCAUCCACUGAUACGGACCAAUUCAAUAACUAUUGAGUUAGUAGUAGGAUCAGGAUAAUACUUAUUUUCAGAUGCCUUUUGUCCCAAAUCCCAAUGCAUAGGUUAAAACAAAUGGAACUUAUAUUUUAAAUAUUUUUAUCCUAUCGGAUAAAUACUCCAAACAGCCUACCCGCCCACUCGGAGGCGUCCGCAUGGCCCUAAAGCACACCAGUGCCUCAUUUUGUAUCACAUUCCAAUGAUAAAACUGGGGGGGGGGGGCAAAAAUGCUAUUUCAGAAUGUGGGGGGGAAUGUGGCACCCUUUGUGUUUAAUAUGCUACUGCUGAACCAAAGCUUCUUUUCAGUAAUGACUGUUCUGUUGUUUAAAUGUAGGUCCCUCCCCUGUAUAUUUUAUAGUUGCUCGUUGUUUAGCUUGCAGCUUUGUAUAGUACAUAAAAGAGCAGGCGUUUGAGACAAAGCCACCUACUCCUUGGCAGCUAUGACUGUUAGACUACUUUAGGUCCAUAGAUUUAAUAACAAAAGGUCCAUAGAUUUACUUUUUUUAUGUAGAUCUUGAUUUGCCAUUUGAUCUUGAGUGUUUUUUUACUCUUCUUAUCGCUAUUCACAAAAUGUUGUUCUGGCCUAACUUGUCUCUCUUAAUUAGCUUGUUUCAUUUAUUAUGAUGGAUAAUUUAUUUUGCUGAAAUAUGUUGAUCUGUUAUUCUUAUUGAGAGCAAGUCUAAGAAGCGGUACAUAUGUUCUAUGUUCACUAUUUCUAUGCUUGCCAUGCUUGAGUUUUGCUUUUGUGUAUUUAACUUUUGGUUUUGUACAACAGCUUCAAACAGAGGAAAACACAAUAUGUUUAGUUACGGAAAAGAUAUUCCACAGCGGUUUAGAUGGUACAAUGAUUCCCCUCGCUAUAGUUGCUUGUUUUGUCACAUAAACAACCAGGAAAUGGAAAGAGUGAUUUCUGCAUAGAGGAUCUAUAACAUGAGAAGGUUUUGCGGAAAGAAAGUAUUUCUGUCAACCCAAUAGAUGUUUAUCACGUCAACUGGCUUCACACGGAGUGAUAGACAAACGCGAGCAUCACACAGACAGACAGUGGCAAUAUUGCUGGAAAUUAAUUGGCAGAUAUUGUGUUUAGUUAUUUUAACAAACAAUUAAUCCAAUAGCAAAAAAAAUGAUACAUGUUUCAAAAUUGCCCUUUGAAUGUAGUAUGUUACAGUACUGUAAAAUCCAGUACAUUACACAGCUUUCACAUUAGGCAAUACACUUGCACUACCCAUGACAAUUUACUGAACAUCCAAUUUCCAUAAUUCAGGCCAAAAAGUUCAAUCUUGGUUUCAUCACACCAGAUAAUCUUGUUUCUUGUGGUCUGAGAGUCCUUUAGGUGCUUUUUGGCAAACUCCAAGCAGGCUGUCAUGUGCCUUUUACUGAGGAGUGGCUUCCGUCUCGCCACUCUACCAUAAAGGCCUGAUUGGUGGAGUGCUGCAGAGGUGGUUGUCCUUCUGGAAGGUUCUUCCAUCUCCACAGAGGAACUCUGGAGCUCUGUCAGAGUGAUCAAGGCCCUUCCCCCCCGAUUACUUAGUUUGGCCGAGAGUCCAGCUCUAGGAAGAGUCUUGGUGGUUCUAAACUUCUUCCAUUUAAGAAUGAUGGAGGCCGCUGUGUUCUUGGGAAGCUUCAAUGCUGCAGAAGUUUUUUUGGUACCUUCCCCCAGAUCUGUGGCUCAACACAAUCCUGACUCUGAGCUCUACGGAAAAUUCCAAAAACUCCUAUCAAAGUUGUCCAAACAUCUCAAGGAUGAUCAAUGGAAACAGGAUGCACAUGAGUCUCAUAGCAAAGGGUCUGAUUACUUAUGUAAGUCAUGUAUUUCUGUUUUUCGUUGUCAUUAUGCGGUAUUAUGUGUAGGCUGUAACGUAUCAAAAUGUGGAAGAAGGGAAUGGGUCUCAAUACUUUCCGAAUACACUAUAUAUACACUAUAUAUUAUAAUUGUUGUGUAUUUUGUUGUAAAUUUCAAUUCACCCCAGAAUAAAUUCUUACAGUGUAGCUAUGUGGUUGAGAGGGUACAAUUCCAAAGAAAUGUACCAUCUUACUGCCCCUCCUGUUUCCUCCUGUCUUAAUAAUGCAUAGAAAAAAUAAAGGUGGAAUUCUACAAAAAAAUAUUCUCCAUGGACCCUUAAAAUCAAUAAAUAUUAUGCUUUAACCAUU